AUGCACUUCCUCCUCCUAGGGGCAACAGGCCGUACAGGCAGACACGUCCUAUCCGAACUCCUGUCUCAAAACCACACAGCAACAGCCCUCGUCCGCACAGAUUCCUUAACAGCCAGUCCAAACCUCACCACAAUCAUCGGCUCUCCCCUCUCAAAAGACGACAUCCGCAAAGCCAUCGCCACCAGACUUCCCGCAGCAGCAAUCUUCACGCUCAACACACCCCGCAAAUCAGACAGUCCCUUCACAGCCCAAGUCGGCGCUCCUCGCUUGCUAGCAGACUCAUGCGCCAACCUCUGCGAAGUGCUGUCGCAAGCUGGUGUUACACGUAUUGUGGUCAUGUCUACGGCUGGCGUGGGUGAUUCGUGGGAGAAUUUGCCGCUUUUGAGUAGGGCUUUUAUGGGGUUGACGAAUAUCAAGUAUGCGCUUGAGGAUCACAAUUUGUUGGAUAAGGAGAUUAGAAAGACGGGGAUGGAUUGGAGUCUUGUUAGACCUGUCAAGUUGGAGCAUGAAGAUGAGAGUGUGAAGGAUGUUGUGACCCUUGGGAAGAAUGGAGUUGGAAUGAGUAUGAGUGAUAGUAUUACGCCUGCUAGUGCUGCGAAGUUUCUGGUCAAGGUUGCGGUGGAGGGAUUGUAUGUUAAGGAGGAAGUGGUUAUUCGGAAUUAA